AUGGACAUGGAGACUCCCCAAAAUUCUUUCUUUCCCACGUUUCGCCGCGACAAGUCAACAGCGAUGUCUACCAAAUGCUUACCCAAAGCUCCGACCCCCGCUUGUCCAUUGGACAAAAGCCGUCUCCUCGCAGAGAUCGCCUGUCGUCCGGCGAUUUGGGACACCCGCGUCAACUUCUGCAUUCGCCGUAAGCAAAUGCUCCGCGAUUGGCCGGCGGUGGCCAAGGUCAUGAACUUCAGCGUGGAUGAGUGCAAGCGCCUCUGGAAGGGACUCCGGGGAAACUAUCGCUUCGAGAUGCGUCGCACCAAUGAAGGUUACACGGGAUGCCGCUGGCGUUACUUCGAACAGAUGGAGUUCAUGCGCGGCGUCUUCUCGGGGCCCAGGGCCAAAUUUACUCCGCCAGUGAAGAAACGCAGACGCCAGCAGGUGAUCUAUAUCCCGCCAUUGGACGAGGGUGGUCUCCACUUUGAGGUGCCGGAGACUCUCUGCCAUGUGGUGGACAAACUGGAAGCCGGCCUGGACAUCGAUGAGGAGAUCACCAAGCUUUUGGGCUCCGAGAACUGGCUGUGGGACCCCAACUUGGACCUGCACUUUGUUCUGGUUGAGGAUCCGAUUCCAUGUCAACCUCUCGACCUGCGGAAGCAAGUGGAAUCCAACGAUCCCGACUACACCUACCUGAUGGGCCUGGUGUCCACCGUUCAAUCACUAAGCGAUCGCUCAAGGCAGCGUUUCCGCUUCCUGGCCAAGGAUCUACUGAAGCGAGUGAUGGCCAUGGAUCAGCAGCCACAUGACACAUGA